UCCUCGCGUGCGGCUGCCGCCUCGCUCAAUUUUUGAAUUAAGUUUUAUUGGCCUGGCAAACCAACCACCACCACUGAAUACAAAUCGAAAACAAAGCCUCAGUGCGCUCCAUUAAACAAAUUCGCUAAAUUAGAGCGUUGUGUAGAUUUUGUCGAAAUUUUGCCUACCGCCAACACUCAAUCCAAAACCUAUUUAUUUGUGUUAGUUUUAAUCUAAAUUACCACCACCACCGCCGCCGUGUUUUGUAAACAAAAUAUUUGCUAAAUUUUCCCCCCCAAAAAGUGCAGUGAUUGUGUUUGUGCUCGAAAUCGUUUGUAGAACGGUAACAGGUAAAACAACAUCAACAAACCAGCGAACGAUGUCGGUGAAUAUAACCAUUAAAAUGAAGUUAAAGUUGCUCCCGCACUGCAUACAAAUGGAACUGUAAAUAAGCAAACAAACAUUUGCAGCUGUUAAUGAUACGACGGGAAACGCUUCCAAGAAGUGGAGGCAACACGUUCUCGAGUCCGGGCCACUGCACAUUUAUUUGUCGAGGAGCAGCCGUGUUUUGCAUGCUGGCCGGGCAGAUAGCCCCGGCGUGAGCACACAUCGGGCGGGCAAGGAUAUAGCCGCUGCUGCGGACACAUCGUAUACCUAUAUAUAACUCGGCCAAAUGUAUGCCGGCCGGGCCACACAAUUUGCCAAAACCAUAAGCAGCAUGGCGUGCAGCAUACAGAAGCAAUCUCCUCAGGCUCCGCAAUCGGUUGAUCCUGGCACUGUCGGAACAGAGCCACUGGGUCGAGGAUUAGGUGGUUGUGGUAGUGGUGGUGGUGGUGGCCCCAGUGGAGCCGGCACCGUUCCCUCCACGCCGAAAACCACCAAGACCGCCCAGCCGAGGGGCUCCCUGCCGACGGAUGUCAACCAGCCACCGCUGGAAUUCCAAUGGCCACCGCCCGUGCCCGUUUCGAUACACACCAGCAACUUGCGCCUGAACAUGAUGAACCAGGACCCCAAGGACCUCCACACGGCCAGGGCCAUUAUCGAGGAGCUGCGCUCCAAGGUGCGAUUCCAGACGGAGCACAUCAUGAAGUGGCGCAAGGCGUAUGCCAUGCAGGUCCAGCAGCACUACCGAUACCAGAAGGAGAAGUCGGACCAGAUGAACUCGCUCACCUCACAGCUCCUGCUAUUGGAAUCCCGACUGAAGCGGAAGCAGAAGCAAAUAGCCAGCCUGCUGAACCACCGGGAAUUGACUAUCCAGCGCCAGCAGAAGAUCAUCGACACGUUGUCCUCUCGUCUGGUGGAUCACGGAUUGGAGACCAUAGAGGCUAGCUACGCCAAUGAGUUGGACUCCCUGAACGACUCCGAUUCGGCGGUGGUGCUGGAGGACAUCGAUUCGGACAGCCCGAUGACCUUGGGCACGCGGCGGAAGAGCAGUGGGGCGGGGGGAUUGGGUGGCGGUGUGCUGGGCAGUGAUGGCAUCACCAUAGUGCGCUCCAUAUCCGAUGCGAUCGAAACGAAUCACAACAAGUACGGAGCGGCCAGGCGGAACAACUGCUUCCUGCGGCGUCCGGACAUCCUGGAAACGGUUUACUCUGUCGAGGAGGAUCCCGAACCCACCACGGACCUGGCCGAGAAGCGGGACAAGUUUAAGAAUCGCUCGGACAAGGCGCUCAGCUCCAGCUCGACCGAGGGUCAGAUAGAUGCCGCCAGUCCCUCGGCCGUCGACAAAGCCAAAGAGUCAUCGCCCGUCGAUGGUGGCGGUCCCAGCAUUCCGCGACGCCAACUGGGAGCCCUCAAGCGAUCGCCCAGCCACGAUUCACCCUGCACCACGCUCAGUGUUAAGGUUCCCCAGCUGCAGCCACCAUCUCCUCCACCACCAACGGCAUCUCAACCGCCGGAACCGCUCAAUGGAAAAAAUCAGGUCACCAACUACAAUCGGGUUAUGCUGAACCAUCGGUCAGUGACGAAACCGAAGGACGUGAAGUACAAGCGCAUCAACAAGGCGAAGUCAAAGAGUCUGGAGGAGUUGCGGGGGCGUCUCAAGAACCUGGUGGAGCGGGCACCUGGCCUGGAUGGCGGCUAUUCCGGCGGCAUGAUGCCGCAGACGGCGCAGUCGUAUGCGUGACAUUUGCAGCGGUCGGACGAGGGAGACUCCCAGAAGAGGUCAACGGCGCAGGAGGAGGUGGAGGUGGAGGUGGAGGAGGGGGAGGUGAAAGGUCAGCCGGAGGCGGAGGUUUCUCCGGCGACUACGGGUGUGGGAGCAGCUCGUCCUCGUCGAGAGAGUGCGGAGCCAACGACCUCGACUGCGGCCGCCCAGGAGCCGCAGGCUGGCAGACAUGGCUUUCCCAAGAGGUCGUUGACCUUGCCGCGCAUCCUGGUGCCCCGCCAGUCGACUGCGGGAUUGGCCAGUUCCAGCGGCGGGGGCGGUGGGCGUGGCGGCUUCUAGCAAUUAAAGAAAUUUUUCAUACGCAAUUGUGAUAAAAAGUAAAAAAAAAAGAAAACAUUUCCUUCCUCUGUCUCUGUACUGUACUGUACUGUGUCUACUUCAGUUGCUUUAACAUGAUUCUCUUUUGUAACAUUUGUUUCCUUGACAAUUAUCCUGUGCUUAGUUUUUGGUAAGCUUUGCAUUUACUUAAGUUUAGUUUUAGUUUUACAAAACGGAACUGCAUUUCGACUUAACAUUACACAUAAUUUCACAAACAAAUAAAUAAUUUUUUAAACUUG